AUGUCGUUUUGCUGGCACAGACAAGUCGAGAGUACUCAGGAGUUUCUGGAGAAUAAUCAUUUCCAAUUCAAUUCAGAAAGUGCCCUGAGGCUUUUCAAAAAUGUAAUCAGAAUUUUUAUGCCAGUGCUAAAAUGUGUCGUUGCGUUUGCGUGUGCGAUCUCGCAGGCGCGUGUGGCGUGUGGCAAAGACCGACACAAAUGCACUCAUACAAACACAAACACGCCCCAACAAAUAUUGAACAUGGACAUAGAACAAGCAGUGAGAAAGGGCACAAACUUAAUACAUUUGAAUGAACACGUGACCGCGGCUGACGAACCUGAUAAGACACAUCGGUUGACAUUCCGCGAAAUGGACAUGAAAUCGGCAUGA